AUUUUUUGUUCAACAUUGAUAUUACACUAUUCUCAACUACAAAACUACAUUAACAAUAAGUAACUACAAUAUCAAACAAUGCAUUCUAACGACCAGCUUAUUCAGACAGAUAAUUUCGAACAAAUUGCAUACUCGAGAGCAAGCACCGGCAAUGACAUUGCAAUUAACCUGGAGGACGAUGAUUGCAUGGAAUCAUGCUGCCCCGCUCAUGAAAGCGGAUGCUGUGGUGUCGGUUGCAGCAUCAUGUAAAUGUCAUUUUCUUGCUCAUUCGGUUAAUUAUUUUAUAUAGGCUUAUUAAAUAAUAAAUAUAUUUAUAAAAAACUUUACUAGAACAGGUUUAAUUAUUGUUGUCGUGCACACACGCUCAUGCCCAAAUAGAAAAGACCCAGAUAAG